AUGCCCGAGGAAUUCUGGAAGAAAUUCCCGCGGAAGGAUGCAUUACAUUUAGAAAAGAGUGGUUCCCAGCGAAGAUCCGAGGUAGAAGAGCAGCUAUUAGCCUGGGGAUUUCGAAUAGAAGCUAUGUUUUCCGAUGGAUACGCAGCAGAUGAUAUGAUGUGUGACGAUGAAAGACGAAUAUGGUCUGAUUCUUCAUACAGCUUGCUGUAUAAAACAGCAGUUAAACUUCUUCCAGACGAACAGUUGGUACACUCUGAGAUCAUUUUCCUGUGUCGGAAAACAAACCGCAAGGAGUUGCAGCAGCAUCAGCAACUCCCCAACAAAGUUCCCUGCAGCGAAGUAAAAUCCCUAGGCGAUUCUUUUUCAGCAAUUAUGACCACCGAGACCGCGGAGGAAUCCUCAACGCAGAAGGAACCCGUCGCCCCAUCUACCGGGAAAACACCUGAUGAAUGCUCAGAAACUGCUGCUGAUGCGGAAACGAAGCAGGAACAACAACCGGCCUCAUCUGCUACAGCAGAAGAAGUAAUAAUCCCAAGAACUGAAGCUGCAGACUUGAUAAAUGUACAACACUAUCACGUUAACUUCGUCUUCAGGAGCUUUCUCUCAUUGGGCAAAGGGCUUCACAAACAGCAUCUGCUUUCCGCCAAAAGGGCUGAUUUAGAGUUAAGUUCCUGGUGUUCGGAAUCCAGCAUUGUAGUCCAAGAAGCAGGGAAAACCGGCUUGGGCCAUGAAGGAGAGAAGCACCAUGUGGCGCCAAGCCCUCCACCAUACUAUGCACGCCCGUACGUGUGGAAAACGCUUUUAGCAUGGGGUUUUCGGGAGGAACCCUUGGUGGAAGAAACAUUGCAGCUUGAAUCCAUGACUCUUUCAAGGAUGAAGACGCAGGAUGGCUGGUUAUACGGUACUCCGGACUAUGUACGGUUUCCGACGAUGAUGAAAUAUUUCUCAGACCCCCAUGCUGGUGAUUGGGGAUACCGCCCGCUCUUGUACCUUUAUCGGGAAACAGCCGACGACGGGGUCCGAAUGCCGAUGCCAAUUCCAGAAAUGACGGCAUCCUGCGAAGCAGGAACCGUGACACCUGGCAUUGAACCAUCAGCAACAAUCAACAGUCGUGAUAAAGCCAGUCAACCUACAGUGAAACAAGAGGAAUGUGACACUCCAUCUACCCCAGAAACACCGCAGGUGGAACCUUCAUUAGCAGAACUUGGGCUGGAAGAAUCGCAACCUAUUGGAUCGAUAGUUUUUACCAACUGCAUUUUCUCCCCUGGGACCUACGUUUUGAAAAUUCAGAAGUGAAAAAUCAUGUCCCCCUGAAAUAUGAGUUGACUCGGGUAUACUGAAUUUUUCCAUCGAUGUGUUAUGUCGUUGAAUGUCUGCUGCUUUACUUGAGAUUCUUCACCCAUUUUGCGUUUGAAAAUGAGCUGACAAUGCCGAUGUUUUCUUUUGCGUGUAAUAUUUUCGUGUAAUCGCCAGUUUUGAAUAUAUGUGAAAAUAAGGUUCGUC